AUGGCAAAAAACGAAAAAAAUACGCAAGAAAAUAUGCUAGAGUGGACUGGACCCCAGAGGAACAACAGUGCCGACACUGACAGUGCAAACAGACAUCUGAAACUCAUAUUCGCCCUUGUCAUCUUCAUCGUAAUCUCCGGAUUGGUCGACCAUGGAAUCCAUCUGGCCUUCAAAACCAGCUAUGGGACCUACUGGGACUUGUUGCCCAUGGCCGUGGCCAGCACCUUGGUCUACAUUUAUGGCUUUAGGAGUUAUCGUUUGAAUGAUUUGAUUUUAGAAUGCGUCUGUCUGGCUAUUCUGAUAACCGCUUACGUCAAGACUGAACCCGUUUCAGCCGAACAUUUGAGAGUUUUUGCUAGAGUGGCCGCCCAGCUUACUGUUAAGUUCAUCCUGUAUGAUUUCAUUGACAACACUCUGCUGUCUAGUUGGUAA